CGCGCGGUUUUAAGUGUCACUUGUGUAACUCUGAAACUGAUCCAGAAACUGUAAAACUCCUCCUCAUCUUCAUCUUCUUCAUCGUCUUCCCCGCACUCUCAAGCGGCGCUCCAGGAGCUCGCGGCGCGUUUUCUCGCCGGUUUUGCGCGGAUUAUGGCGCGGUCCGGGGUCGGUGUCGUUCUGCUGUUUCUGUGCGUCUCUGCUCGUGUUCUGACGGUGUUCUCUCAGCAUCACUGGGGACCGCGGGUGCGAUCGAGAAAUAACGGGCGCUCGUAUCACCUGAUGAGCCGCGGGUCUCAGUAUAUGCCACCGGGACGAACAGCGGCGAGCCGAGCAGCGUCUGCGCCGGUGACCGUGAUCACCGGGCGGCGGAACACCAGCGCGAGCUCCAGUGGCGGGAUGGUGUCCGAUGACCCCUACGACCCCUACAAAUCCGCCAGGAACAGUCCCGAUAACCCGUACUACAACCACUACGAUUCGUACAGACCGAGAAGCACACCGACACAUCACGGAUACGGCGGUCUCCCGGAUCUGGUGGUGGAUCCCUACAUGAUCCAGGUGUCCACGUAUGUGCAGAGAGUGCCCAUGUACAACCUCAGGUGCGCUGCGGAGGAGAACUGCUUGGCCAGUUCUGCUGCAAACGCACGAGAUUACGACACCAGGGUCCUGCUGAGGUUCCCGCAGCGCGUGAAGAAUCAAGGAACCGCAGACUUUCUUCCCAGCAGACCGAGAUACGCCUGGGAAUGGCACAGCUGUCACAAUCACUAUCACAGCAUGAGUGAGUUCAGUCAUUACGACCUGCUGGACUCCAGCACACAGCAGCGCGUCGCCGAGGGUCAUAAAGCCAGCUUCUGUUUGGAGGACACGUCCUGUGAUUCCGGAUACUACCGGCGCUACGCUUGCACGUCUCACACGCAGGGUUUGAGUCCCGGAUGUUACGACACGUACAGCGCGGACAUCGACUGUCAGUGGAUCGAUAUCACAGACGUCCAGCCGGGACGCUACACGCUGAAGAUUACAGUAAACCCAGGCUUCCAGGUGCCAGAGUCAGACUUCAGUAAUAAUAUCGUUCGCUGUGACGUUCACUACACCGGAAACUACGCGCAUGCAUCCGGCUGCAGCAUGACGCCACACUAGGACACGAGAGAGACCAGGAGCGGCAAACAUCACCACGGCCUGCCGAUGAUCGCAGACCAGCUGUGUGUACUGUGCAGAAAUAAAGACAAUAUCUGCAUAUCUGUGAAAAUAAUAACGCAGAAUUAUGAUCUGAACAGAUGCAUCUAUCUACCCAGCCAACAAAAACAUGUUCUGAGAAUGUUUCCGAACAUUCCCACUAAAUUAUGAAAGCAUUAUUUGAGAGUGUUUUUUAAACAUUCAAAAGGUCCAGUAUUACUAGUGUAAACGUUACUGGAACGUUCCAUUCUACAUUUAAAAAACCUUAUGGGAACGUUACAUUUGAAUGUUCUCUCAUCAUUUAAAUUAUCCAUUUUUAAUAUUUAAAGGAUGUUUUUUUUCUUGGUUAUUUAAACAUUAGAGAAACACUCCAAUCUGAAAACAUUCUGUUGUUGUUACUGAAUAUCAUUUUAAGAAUGAUUUGUCCUAACAUUUAAAAACAUUAUGAGAACAUUCUCUGUUAGCUGGGUAAUAGUUUCACAGCGAAGCCUUACAGUAUUGUGUCAUUUUGUCUUUAUUAGUGUAAAAUAAUGAUAAAACUCCAUCCAGUCGUAGUUGUAGUGUUUUUGUCUUGCUUUUUUUUAAAGAGUCGAGGGUGUUUUCAACUUCGUAACUUUGUUAAUCAUAAUGUUUUUACAAAUAGUUUGGUUUAGUUUUAAUGAUGUGUGCAAAAAAAAAAAAAAAAAAAAGAACGUAUAAGAGGCGUUUUCGAUUUAUGUUUAGACAUAUUUAUAUUUUCAGCCUCUUAAAGGUGCUAUUGAUAUUAUAAGUCAAACUUGAAUAAAGUAGAUGAGAAUAUGUUUUCUUAAUUUUCAUGUGUUCUUAUUAUUUGAAUGAAGAGGAACGUACAGUAACUGUUCAUCAGAGCUGUGUGAAUAUGAAUGUGUGUGUUCAGU